AUGACAAGCAGUUACCAAGACCAGAACCAAUGUUACCAGACCGCAAACAUCCAAAAAAUCUUCAAAGACACCAACCUCUCGCAGCUCGACCAAGAACUAGACAUGACUCUCAACGAAAUAGCCAAGAAAAAACCCCCCGUCGCCCCCAGAAAAUACCCAGAAGAUGAACCCAAAAUGUCCAGUAUUAUGGCUAAAGUAUCCAAGUUUGAGUAUUACGCAAAGCAACAGAAAAUAGGUAGAAGCCAGUUUUAUACCGCCAACGAAAUAGAAAUCUCCCCAAAAGUAUUCAGUUCCAACUCCUUAACAGUGAACACGCCAGCUAAAGAUGUACUAGGGGGGAAAAAUCUACCGAAUUAUAUGAAGAAUACCGAGCAGAAGGUGAUAGUACUUAAUGAGAAUAAUACGGAGAAGCGGCCGUAUGCGAAUGUAGCUUUAAGAAAUAAGAAUAAAAUUGAAGAUAUUGUGAGGAAUUUUGAUGAGAAUUCAAGAAACGAUUUUAAGCUUAAAAAGGUAAACAACGACCAAAAAGACAACAUCUACGGCAAAAUCAACAACGCGAAAGAGGAGAAAAGCAACCUCACGAACAAGGAAGAGAGGAAACCGUGUCUGCCCUCAGCGGCGUUUGAUAGGAACCCGCAGUAUUCGCCGGUGUACGCGAACAGCUAUGAUAGGAGCUAUGACGCUGAGAACAGGAGGAUCAGGGGAAACUAG